AUGACCUCCAUUCAACAAAGAAUGACUCCUCCUCCUCCUCCUCCUCAUCUUCCUGCUUCUUCUUCUUCUUCCCAUUCUCACCAUCCACCUCAUCGAUCAUGGAAACACGACGUCUUCCUGAGCUUCAGAGGGCGCGACACUCGCAGGAACUUCACCGCCCACCUCUACGGCGCCUUGACUCGACGAGGGAUCAAGGCAUACAGGGACAGCAACGAGCUGGAGAGAGGCGAUUCCAUCGAGCCAUCGUUGUUCGAAGCCAUCGAGCAAUCGAGGUUUUCGAUCAUCGUGUUCUCCAAGAACUACGCGGCGUCUGCGUGGUGCUUGGAGGAACUUGUCAAGAUCGUCGAGUGCAAGAAGAGGCUGUUGGGUCAUACCGUGUUUCCUGUUUUCUACGACGUGGAUCCGAUGGAUGCAAAGUAUCGAAAGAGGGCGUUUCGUCGUCACGAGAAAACUUGCGGGGUAAAUUACAAGGAGAAGAAGAGGAGAUGGAAGGAAGCUCUUGAUGAAGUCGGGGAGAUAGUUGGCUGGGAUGCCAGAAACGAGGAUCAAGCAGAAGUAGUUGACAAAAUUGCUGAACGCAUAUGGGACUUACUAAACCAGAUGUCUAAAACCAUCAUGGACGAACACUUGGUCGGAAUGGACUCACGAGUCGAGGAAGUCAGCAAGCUCAUAGGUCAAGAUUCAGAAGCUAACGUUCGAGUCAUUGGAAUUUGUGGGAUGGGCGGCAUUGGCAAAACAGAGUUAGCUAGAGUCGUCUACAACAACCUACAAGUCCAAUUCCAAGGGAGAUCAUGUUUCCUUCCCAACGUUAGGGAAUCUUUCGAGAAGCAUGGAGCAAUGCAUGUUCAAGAACACCUCCUCUCGAACAUCCUCAUGGAAAAGAACAUCAGGAUAUGGGACCAAGAGAAGGGAAAGACGAUGAUAAGGGAUUGCUUGGGAGACAAGAAUGUUCUCAUCGUUCUGGACGACGUGAAUAACCCUCAACAAUUGGAGGCACUUGCUGGUAAUCGAGAUUGGUUCGGUUCAGGAAGUCGAAUCAUUAUAACGAGCAGGGAUAAAAGAUUAAUAGACAUGUAUGGAAGUUCGGGUGAGGUAUAUAACCUCGAGAAAUUGAGUGAUACGGAAAGCCUUAGGCUACUAAGUUUGAAGGCAUUUGACCAAGAAGAGCCUAAAGAAGGGUAUGAGGAGCUUUCUAAGUGUGUUUUGAAGUAUUGUCAAGGGCUUCCAUUGGCAAUCAAAGUUUUGGGUCGUUCUCUUCAUGGGAGAAGAAGCAAACAUGAUUGGGAGAGUCGAAUUGCAAAGCUAAAGGAGGAAUACUAUGAAAAUUCCAUUUUUGGAGUUCUUAAGAUAAGUUUUGAUGGGUUGGAGGCACAUGAACAAGGGUUGUUUUUGGAUGUUGCUUGUUUCUUCAAGGGGAAGGAUAUAAGUGAAGGCAAAAGGAUACUCACCAGUUGUGGGUUUGAUGUUGACAAUGGAUUGGAGAUCCUGACUGAGAGGUUCCUUAUGACAAUUUCUUAUGGAAAGUUGGAGAUGCAUGACUUGUUGCAAGAGAUGGGGAGAGAAAUCGAGAGGAGAGAAUCUCCUCAUAAUCCUGGAAAGCGCAAACGUUUGUGGAGUUUGGAAGAUGUUCGUUAUGUUUUCGAGCAAGCUAUCGGAACAGAAGAGGUACUAGCUAUAGUGUUGGAUGUGUCAGACAAGGAUAUGGAGCAAAUGGAGCUCAAUGAGGAUGCUUUCUUGAAAAUGUACAACUUGAGAUUGCUCGUCAUGAGAAAUGUGAAAUUUGACCAAGGCCCUGCAAGUCUUCCAAAUGGAUUAAGAUAUAUUGAUUGGGAUGGUUAUCCUUCACAGUCUUUGCCAGCUUCUUUCAGGCCAAACAACCUUGUGGAGCUUAGCUUGUGCCAUAGUAGCAUAAAGCAACUCUGUUGUGGAAAGACUAAGGAUUUCAGCAACUUGAAGUCCCUAAACCUGAGCCACUCCCACAACCUAAUCAACACUCCAGAUUUCAGUGCAAUGCAAAAGCUAGAGAGGCUGGUCUUGGAGGACUGCACCAGUCUGAAUGAGAUUAAUCCAACUAUAGGAACGCAUCUCCAAUACCUCAUCCACCUGAAUCUUAAUGGCUGCAACAUGAUCACCAACUUCCCAAACAAUGUUAGGAAAAUGAAAUCUCUACAAGAACUUCUACUUGAUGGCACCAACAUUGAACAACUCCCCGAAUCGAUCCGCUUCUUCACCUCUCUAUCAAAACUGAGCCUCAAAGACUGCAAGAGCCUCAAGGCUGUCCCAAAUAGCAUCAGCAGGUUAAAGCACUUGAAGGUUCUUAACCUCUCUGGAUCCUCUCAACUUGACAAGUUGGAAAAAGUUGAGAGCUUGGAAGAGCUUGAUGUGAGUGGUACCGCCAUCAGAAGUCCACUGCUCUCCAAUUUCUACCUCAACAAUCAAAAAGGGUUGCCUCAGCUUUAUGGAAUUGGGUUCCCUUUCUUGAGGAUCUUGAACUUGGCAAAUUGUGGUCUGAUGGCAGGGGAUUUCCCCAAGGACUUGGGUAGUAAUUUGCCGUCUUUACAUUCUCUGGAUCUAAGCCAUAACAACUUUGUCAUCCUGCCUGAAAUUGCACAAAUGCUGAAGCUCUAUGAGCUUCACCUGGAGAGUUGCAAGAUGCUCAAGUCCUUGCCGGAGCUUCCACCGAGGAUCAAGUACGUGGUGGUGAAUCGUUGCGAAUCGCUGGAGAAGUUGCCAAACCCGAUUAAGGUUCGCAGCAACUUGUUUUUCCUGGAAGGCUUUGGCUGCCCGAAGUUGCAGAAUCGCCAGAAUGAUGGGUUUAAAAUGUUCCUGAGAUACCUCAAGGGCUGCUGGAAUACCCUGCUUCCCAGGGAAAGAUCAGGCAUUGUGGUUCCUGGAAGCAGGAUUCCGACAUGGUUCACUCAUCAGGAUGAAGGAAUCUCAGUGAAGAUACCGAUUCCAUCGAUUUAUCGUAAGAGGGAUCUCGGCGAUGAUGAUGAUCACGACAUAAUGGGGCUCGCGAUUUGUGUAGCUCUCAAAGUGGCGGAUCCUAACGACCGUGGUGAUGGCGGUGCUGAUGCAUCCGUACAUCAUAAGGGCUCGUCAGCAGCUGCACCAGAUAGCGAACUAGAUGACAUAGUUCGUGAUACAUAUGAUGAUGGAAUGGACACAAAUUAUCACGAUGAAGAUGACGACGACGACGAUGACAAUGAUGCUGAAAUGCGUGAGUAUUCAUCGAAUUCAGAUGCUUUAGAUGACGACUGUUAUGAUGGCGUUAAUGAAUCCUUCUACCAUCAGGAUUCAUCAGCCCCAGAUGGCGAACUAAGCAAUGAAGCUAGUGAUGCAUACUAUAGUGAGGUCGAAUCGGAUUAUGAUGAUGAUGACGACGACGAUGUUGAGUACUCAAUAGAUUCAGAUGAUGAAUAUGAAAAUGAGGAUUACGGAAAAUGUAGCUUCUCCAGAAAGAGGAAGUAUGCCACAUAUGCAGAAGAGCCAGAAGAAGAAGUUGUUGAACCAGGAGACCAUCUCUGGUACUUUUUCAUCCCUUACUAUAAGUUCAUAGAGUACCUGAAAGGGCAGCGCCAUGUUUGUGUCGAGCUCGAAGGCUGCGAAGAACUGAAGGUAAUGAGGUUAGGAUGCCGCCUUGUUAGACACGGAGACAUUGAGAAAGCAUAUAUGAGAACAAACGAAGGAGGAGGAGAAGAUGAAGAUGAAGAUGAAGAUGAUUUUCCUCACCAUGAUCAAGAAGCAGAGGAUGGCAUUAAUGGAGAUGAGAAGAAGAGCAAUUACAAGAGCCAAGCUACUUACAACAUCUGCUACCACGAGGACAAAAUGAUGAUGAUAGGCAUGUACUUCUUCUAUGGUGGAAACCCGAAUGCCGCCUCAUCAUCAAGUAGCCAGACUACUGAUCGUGCUUCUCUUGGUGUCUAUCUCUACCGCAGAUAG